ACAGAUGCUCUGCUGUGAAAUGCCACGCAGGCAGAGACUGACAAGCAGUAGGAGCUGAGCUUUCCCCUUGGACUGCUGUUUCCUGCUGCGUUCAGGGGAGGGGGGCGCAACUCUGCUGCUACUGUUGCUGCUACUGCUACUACUUCAGGGUCCUCUUCACGCAAGGUAAGCAGGCUCAAAGGGAGGGCAAGCUGCAAGGAAAGCCUUUGUACCAUGAACAAGGUCCGAAAGUUUUUCCGAGGAAGUGGGCGAGUCCUGGCAUUUAUAUUUGUAGCUUCUGUCAUCUGGCUGCUCUUUGACAUGGCAGCUCUCCGCCUCUCAUUCAGUGAUAUCAACACUCGUGUGGGCAAGAAGGAUGUCAGAAGGGAACGGACAGGAUUCAGAGUUCCGCCAGACCAAGUAAAAAUCUUUUACAGCAACAUAAAAGAGAUAAACCCCGCCCUAAGGGGAAAUAGGAAGGGGAUGUGGGGCAAAGAGAACUUUAGAAAAGCUAAGGAAAGUGUGCACAGAGUUGAAGAUGUGGACCAAACCCAAAGAGAAAGAAAAGUGCAGAAUGCUCCAGGAAGGAGCAAGGUUGUGCCUUUGUGGCAUCCGGGACAUCUGCAGUCACUCCCAGUGAUUCCUACCAAGCAGAAAACAGAGGGGCAAGAUAUCCAACAGGAAACCUCUUCUCACCAAAUGAGACUAAAGAAAACCAGAGCCCAGGGAGCUCGGAAAGCUCCAUUCACAACUGCAAGAGGAACUCCACUGGUCAAAAUAUCUGUACAUUCAGGUCCUAUUGAUGUAAACCAGGAGGUCCUAAAAAGUCAUGUUCUCAGCAGUAACACAUCAAAAAAAGUAGUUGAAAGUGAUCUGAAUGUGACUGUCAGUCUUAAUACUGAAAGACCAAAACAGCAAUCCCAGACAGUGGCACAUGAGAGGACACUCCCUGGCAGUCCCCUACAGCCAAAAUCUGAGGGAACUUUAGUCUCAAAUAAAACUGAGAUUCAGAGCAAAGAACUAAAUUCAAAUCAACACAAAGCCAAUAAGGGUCUUCCCUUCUCCAAGUUCACUGCCAACUCAAAUCGAUUAAAGAAGCAAUCUAUUAAUGAGACACAGUUGGGAGGCCUGCCAAAGGAUGAUGGAGCUAAAGUGGCUUUGGGGAAGAAAUUCAAUUUCUCUGAAAGCCAUGUUGUGAUUAUUACCAAGGAAGAAGAGCAAAAAGCAGAUACCAAAGAGCUCACCAAUUCUAAAACCAAAACUCUUUUGCCUAAAAUAUUGGGUGAAAGCCAAGAGAAACAUAUUUCCAGGAAUAAAAGUGAGGCAACUUUCUCCUUACUUGCUCUACAGAGAACAAGAAUAUCUCAAACAAACCAAUCCUUAGUUAAGGGACUAGAGCUGGCAAUAACCAACUUACCUGGCAAGGCCCAACCUGCAGAGCAGAACCAAACUCAUAUAAAAGCCCAUUUACCUGAAGACAAUGGAAUGCACCAUGUGUUAAGAAUUGAUGUGACACUUUCUCCAAGGGACCCCAAAGCUCCAGGUCAGUUUGGACGCCCAGUAGUUGUUCCCCCUGGAAAGGAGAAAGAGGCACAGAGAAGAUGGAAAGAAGGAAACUUCAAUGUCUACCUUAGUGAUUUGAUCCCAGUGGACCGAGCUAUUGAGGACACAAGACCUGCUGGGUGUGCAGAACAACUAGUUCACAAUAACCUCCCAACCACCAGUGUUAUCAUGUGCUUUGUGGAUGAAGUGUGGUCCACUCUCCUGAGAUCUGUUCAUAGUGUCCUCAACCGCUCUCCUCCACACCUCAUCAAAGAGAUUUUGCUGGUGGAUGACUUCAGUACCAAAGACUACCUAAAAGAUAAUUUAGAUAAAUAUAUGUCUCAAUUUCCAAAAGUUCGGAUAAUUCGCCUCAAAGAGAGACAUGGGUUGAUAAGAGCCCGACUGGCAGGAGCACAGAUUGCAACAGGUGAUGUGUUGACAUUCUUAGAUUCUCAUGUGGAAUGUAACGUUGGUUGGUUGGAACCUCUCCUUGAAAGAGUUUAUUUAAGUAAAAGGAAAGUGGCCUGCCCAGUUAUUGAAGUCAUCAAUGAUAAAGAUAUGAGUUACAUGACAGUGGACAACUUUCAAAGAGGUGUCUUUGUGUGGCCCAUGAACUUUGGCUGGAGAACAAUUCCUCCAGAUAUCAUUGCAAAAAACCGAAUUAAAGAAACUGAUAUAAUAAGGUGCCCCGUCAUGGCAGGUGGAUUAUUUUCUAUUGAUAAAAAUUACUUUUUUGAACUUGGAACAUAUGACCCUGGGCUUGAUGUGUGGGGUGGAGAGAAUAUGGAGCUGUCAUUCAAGGUAUGGAUGUGUGGUGGAGAAAUUGAGAUUAUUCCCUGUUCCCGAGUGGGCCACAUAUUUCGAAAUGACAAUCCGUAUUCCUUUCCUAAAGACCGGAUGAAAACAGUGGAACGGAACUUGGUGCGGGUUGCUGAGGUCUGGCUUGAUGAAUACAAGGAGCUCUUCUACGGCCAUGGAGAUCAUCUCAUAAACCAAGGUUUAGAUGUCGGAAACCUCACCCAGCAAAGGGAACUUCGAAGGAAACUGAAAUGCAAAAGCUUCAAAUGGUAUUUAGAGAAUGUUUUCCCUGAUUUGAAAGCUCCCAUUGUGAGGGCCAGUGGUGUGCUUAUUAAUGUGGCCUUGGGUAAAUGCAUUUCCAUUGAAAACACCACAGUUAUUCUGGAAGACUGUGAUGCGAGCAAAGAGUUUCAACAACUUAAUUAUACCUGGUUAAGACUUAUUAAGCAUGGAGAAUGGUGUUUAGCCCUUAUUCCUGACAAGGGAGGCCUCACGCUGCACCCUUGUGAUAACAGAAACAAAGGGCUAAAAUGGCUGCAUAAAUCCACAUCCAUCUUUCAUCCAGAACUGGUGAAUCACAUUGCUUUUGAAAACAAUCAUCAGCUGUUAUGCUUAGAAGGGAAUGUUGCUCAGAAGAUCCUGAAGACAGCUACUUGUGACCCAAUGAAGUCAAAUCAAAAGUGGAAAUUUGAAAAAUACUAUGAAAAUUGAAGAACUGAUGUUUUUAUCUAGUGAAACUAUUAAA